AUGGGUCUGAGAAGGUCCGAUCCAAGGAGAGGGCCAAGGCCUGGGAAGUUUGAUCAGUAUACCCCACUAACCCUUUCCAGAUCUCACAUAUUCAGCAUAAAUAAGGCUGAUGAUAAGUGGCAGAGACCUCUAAGGAUGGUAAACAAGAGUCGUGAUACUAGUAAGUGGUGUAACUUUCACAGGGACUAUGGCCAUACCACUGAAGAAUGCACGCACUUGAAGGACAAUAUAGAGGACUUAGUCAGGAGAGGAUACUUGAGUCAAUUUAAGCAGCGUGAUGACCCUCCCAGAAGAAGGGAGGAGGAUAGAGUGGGCCGAGCUGACCGUAGAGGAGGUCAUAGGGGCCCAACUGGAGACAAGGAUAAUGAUGGCAAGCCAGAGGGCAGGGUGUACGUGAUCAGCGGGGGUCCACCACGAGCCACGUUUGACGAGUAUGACCAGAAGGGCAUAAUUUACCCUCAUGAUGACCCGCUGGUGGUGACAAUGAGAAUUGCAAACUGGGAGGUGGAUAGAAUACUGAUAGACGGAGGCAGCUCAACCAACAUCAUAUACAUCAGUGCGUUCAAUGAGCUGAAGUUGGACAGAAAAGACCUGAAGAGAGUAAGCUACGAGGUCACCGGGUUUAAUGGCUCGGGGCUUACCCCAGAAGGCAUAAUCGAACUCUAA